UAGAUAAAUAUUGAUCAGAAUUCAGAGAAACCACACAAAUGACAAAACAAAAAAAGUCGAGGAUGUCUCAGAUCAUAACUGAACGACAAAAAUCUGAGUCGUCUUGGAAGAAGAAGAAGAAGUCAAUGCUUACAUCCGAUCGUCUACCGGACGAUGUCCUAAUCGACAUCCUGAGUCGACUGCCACCCAAAUCCUUAAUCCGAUUCAGGUGCGUUUCCAAAUCUUGGAGCUCCACAAUCACCAACCCCUUUUUCAUCACCACACAUCUCAACAAAGCCAAAUCUUUGUCCAAUGGUUAUUUGUUAUAUACACGAUUGCCUGUGGAGUUUUUGUGUGGCAAAGAAUUGUGUGCUGUUGUUUACAAUAGGGACCCAACGUUGACCCAGGUUUCCAAAUAUGAAAUACCCUUUUCUGGUUCACGUAUAUUGGGCAUUUGUAAUGGCUUAUUUUGCUUAGGUAGUCAUAGAGUACUAAAUUUGUGGAAUCCAUGUAUUAGGAAGUUUAAGAAGGUACUUGAUGGUACUUGUUUCACAAGGCAUUGUCGUCAUAUUGCUCUUGGACUCGCUUAUUGUUCUCAAAAUUAUGACUACAAGAUUGUGAGGAUGGUGUGUUUUGAAGGGUUGAAUGGAGAAGGAAAAGUGGUCCCAGCUGUAGCUGAGAUUUAUACAUUGAGUAGGGAUUCGUGGAGGAAAGGGAUUGGAAUAUCGGUGGACUCGUUAAAUAGGUUUGAACCCAAUGGAUCUAUUGAUAGAAUUGAUGAAUCCCCGUGUAUGUUUUUCAAUGGAGCUUUGCAUUCUAUAGCGUAUAUUGGGAACUAUAAAUUCAUUUUGUCUUUUGAUGUUAAUGAUGAGACAUUCCGAGAGAUAAUGUUGCCGAAUGAUUACUUAAAUGGAGUUCAUCUACAAUUUGAAAAACUUGUGGUGUUCAAGGGAUCAUUGUCUUUGAUUGUUUUUGUUCAAGCUGAAGAUGAAGAGGGUGAUGUUUUCCACAUAUGGGUGAUGAGGGAGUAUGGGGUUGUUAAGUCUUGGACUAAAAAAAGUGUACCAAUGGAAAAGGUUGGGCAGUUCAUUGGCUGCACUGACAAUGGUGAACUUUUGAUCAAAAAGAUUGGCACUGGGCUGGUUUUGUUUGAUCCUGAGGGUCGAAACGAGGAAAUUCUUGGAAUUAAAAAUGCUACAUGGGCGGCUUAUACUACUAAUUUCUUGGAGAGCCUAGUAUUGUUUGAUGGUGUAAACGUGUAAUCUGAAGUGAACUCAAAGAUUAGUUACUUUGAAAUUCAGGCAAGACAGCCUUCUUUCUGAAAUUCACAUUAGCAAGUCAUUUUGUGAAGAUGUUGGAAAGUUCUGUUUGGUAUGUAAUCUGUGGAUGAAGAAGUUAUGUUCUGUUUUUUUUCCUAUUGUAGUAGACAUGAAAGUAAUGUGGUAAUCCUGGUUGAUUUUUGUGGUCAUUCUAGAACAAUGUAAUCUUAUAGUGAAACAUACAUGUUUAGCCA